AUGUGGUUACUAUAUUUAUCAGCUGAUGCAGUUGCCUUAUUUAGUAUAGGCUUAAUCACUAAUCGGCAGGCCGAUCCUUCAAAAUCGGGUUCUGGCAGAGAUGCCGAGCUUUUAGUCUUCUGGGCACCUUUUCUUCUAUUACAUCUCGGGGGUCCUGAUGCGAUCACAGCUUUAGCUCUUGAAGACAACCAGCUCUGGCAUCGACAUGCUCUGCAGCUUGUAACCCAAAUCGUUGUGACCCUCUACGUUUUCGGUGUGUCUAUAAGUCGACACAAUCGACUUUUGGGUCCCACGAUACUUAUUUUUAUUGAUGGGUGUAUCAAAUACAUUGAGCGAACAUGUGCAUUGUAUUUCGCUAGCUUGGACGGUAUUAGAGGCUCGCUAAAGGAGCCUAAAGCACCCACAUAUGAUACAAUGGUGGAGGAGUAUCAUUCAGCCGGAGAUAAUCAUAUGCCUACAAGAUUUGAGGUCAAGUAUGGUCCUUCCGAUGGCAGUAGCAGGUCGUCAGACAGAACGAGCAAUGGGUAUAACGAUUCUAAUCUAGAGUGGCACGAAAAAAAGGAAACGACAGGGAUGGUUGAGUAUGCUUACUUUUUUUACGAGAAGUCGAAAGGGCUCUUGGCGGAUGCUUUUCUUAGCUUAAAGGAUGAUGGUGAAAUUCGCGAGUUUUUUCUUACCAAACCUGUGGAGGAAGCUUUGAAGAUCGUAGAGAUUGAGCUUAACUUUAUAUACGAUGUUUUGCAUACUAAAGCGUUUUUGAUAAAUAGCAAUGGUAGUUGGUGUCGGGUUAUUUCAUUUGUCUCGGUUGUGUCAUCCUUAUUGUUGUUCUGUUUUCACGACAAGAAAGGUUAUGAUCGUGUUGAUGUUCGAGUGACCUUUGCCUUGCUCGGGGGUGCCAUAGCCCUUGAUUUAGCGGCCACUGUUAUGUUUCUAUGUUCUGAUUGGUCAAUUAUAAUGAUGUCGCAGCAAGGCAGGUCGAAAGUCUUGAAAUAUGUUUUCUUUAAGUUGCAAAAGUGGUUUAGAUGGGCGAAAGACCCUUAUUGUAAGAGAUGGUCGAAAUGUAUCUCGAGUUACAACUUGCUUGAGAGAAGCUUCAAGCAUUGUCCUCGAUUCUACUCCCUCAUAUUCAUACACGAGAUCAAGGAUAUAUUGAUCGGGUUUCGAUAUGUUAAAAACCCGAAAGCUGAACCAAUUGCUCUUAAGUUCAUCAUUGAAGAGGUUCGACAGAAAGCCGAGCUAGCUAUUGAUAAGGAGGCGACAGAGAAAGUUUGUUCAGCUCGAGGGGAUUUGGUUUUCCAAGACGAGUAUUUCCUUGUGUCGAAGUACUUGCUUCCGUGGACUACUGAUGUCGAUUACGAUGCUAGCUUGCUUACUUGGCACCUUGCUACGGAUAUCUGCUAUUGGAGCACGCCUGAAGAAAGGCGGAAUGAGAUACCACAUUGCAAAAUCAGCAAACAACUUUCCGACUACAUGUCUUAUCUUUUACUCAGGGAGCAGGGAAUCUUAUCGCAGAUGGUGGGUAAUUCGAAAGUUCGGUUUGAAGACACAAUCGAAGACAUUCGUGCAGGACUACUGGAAGCAAAUAAACAGGCACAAAUAAGUGAAGACAUGAUUGAAGAUUACCGUGCAGCAAAUGAUCAGACACAAAUAAAUGAAAACGAUAAUGAAAAGUUCAGUCGGUAUGUUCUUGAACAAGAAAUGGAUAACACUUCAGCGUUGAUCGCAAAGGCAAAAGAUAGCCAAUCUGUGUACCACAAAGCAUGUCGUUUAGCUAAGCAACUGAAUAUGUUCGGGGGAAAACAGUGGGAAAUAAUGAGCAAAGUUUGGGUAGAGCUACUGUGUUAUGCAUCUAUCCGCAGCUCAGCAAGAUCGCACUUUGCGUUACUUGGUAAGGGCGGGGAGCUCAUUACAUUGGUGUGGCUGUUCAUGGUUCAUCUUGGGUUUCGGGAACCAUACCAGCCAAGUCGAGGACUUCGGUCAACUAAAUUGAGCAUUGCCAAAUAA